AUGCUAGGGAGAUGUUUUCCUCCAGACACCAAAGAGAAGCAACAGCUCAGAAUGACUAAACUCUGCGAUCCUGCAGAAAGUGAAUUGUCGCCAUUUCUCAUCACCUUAAUUUUAGCAGUUUUACUUGCUGAAUACCUCAUUGGUAUCAUUGCAAAUGGUUUCAUCAUGGCUAUACAUGCAGCUGAAUGGGUUCAAAAUAAGGCAGUUUCCACAAGUGGCAGGAUCCUGGUUUUCCUGAGUGUAUCCAGAAUAGCUCUCCAAAGCCUCAUGAUGUUAGAAAUUACCAUCAGCUCAACCUCCCUAAGUUUUUAUUCUGAAGACGCUGUAUAUUAUGCAUUCAAAAUAAGUUUUAUAUUCUUAAAUUUUUGUAGCCUGUGGUUUGCUGCCUGGCUCAGUUUCUUCUAUUUUGUGAAGAUUGCCAAUUUCUCCUACCCCCUUUUCCUCAAACUGAGGUGGAGAAUUACUGGAUUGAUACCCUGGCUUCUGUGGCUGUCCGUGUUUAUUUCCUUCAGUCACAGCAUGUUCUGCAUCAACAUCUGGACUGUGUAUUGUAACAAUUCUUUCCCUAUCCACUCCUCCAACUCCACUAAGAAAACAUACUUGUCUGAGAUCAAUGUGGUCGGUCUGGCUUUUUUCUUUAACCUGGGGAUUGUGACUCCUCUGAUCAUGUUCAUCCUGACAGCCACCCUGCUGAUCCUCUCUCUCAAGAGACACACCCUACACAUGGGAAGCAAUGCCACAGGGUCCAACGACCCCAGCAUGGAGGCUCACAUGGGGGCCAUCAAAGCUAUCAGCUACUUUCUCAUUCUCUACAUUUUCAAUGCAGUUGCUCUGUUUAUCUACCUGUCCAACAUGUUUGACAUCAACAGUCUGUGGAAUAAUUUGUGCCAGAUCAUCAUGGCUGCCUACCCUGCCGGCCACUCAAUUCUACCGAUUCAAGAUAACCCUGGGCUGAGAAGAGCCUGGAAGCGGCUUCAGCUUCGACUUCAUCUUUACCCAAAAGAGUGGACUCUGUGA